AUGGGCGGUGGGAAGCGAAAGCGCGUGAACGCCACGGGGAAGGUGAUUCCGAAGUCGGUGCUGAAGGCGAAGCGCGGGACGACGAAGGGGGCGUCGACGCGGUACGUGACGAGAAACCAAGCGUUGGCGCGAUUGCAGCUCAAGCUCGGGGAUUUCCGUCGACUGUGCAUCUUGAAGGGCGUGCACCCGCGAGAGCCGAAGAAGAAGGCGCAGGGACAGGGGAAGACGUAUUAUCACGUGAAGGAUAUCGCGUUCUUGCAUCACGAGCCGUUGUUGGAGAAGUUUCGAGAGUUGAGAGCGUACGCGAGAAAGUUAAAGCGGGCCAAGGCGAAACAGAAUUACGUCGCGCUCGAUCGCUUGAGGGAGAACACACCGAAAUAUGAGCUCAGUCACUUAGUUUUGGAGCGGUAUCCGCGGUUUCGAGACGCGCUCGGUGAUUUGGACGAUCCGAUGUGCAUGUGCGCGCUGUUCGCCGUGCUCCCGACGGUCAAUCGGCACAACAUCGCGCCAGAGAUUGUGGAAAAGUCUGAAAAGUUGAGCCGGGAAUUCAAGUCGUUCUGCGUGCGCACGCACGCACUUAGGAAGGUUUUUAUAUCCGUCAAGGGGAUUUACUACGAGGCCGAGAUUCAGGGUGAGAAAAUCACGUGGGUGGAGCCGCACGCGCUGGCGCAAACCAUGCCCGAGGACGUGGACUAUCGAGUCAUGCUCACGUUUCUCGAGUUUUACCACGACUUGAUGACGUUCGUGAACUUCAAACUGUACAAGGACGCCGGUUUGCGGUACCCGCCGACGCUGAACGAGGAGAUGGACGACGCCGCGGCGGGCCUCGCCGCCGUCGUGCAUCAAAUGGUCAAGGCGGCGGAUGCCGCAAAUGCGUCGGCGCUUCCCGCGAACAGUGAUGCGGCGCGGGCGGUGGAGUCCCGAGCACAGAGUCUUAAAGAAAAACUUGCGCAGAUAGCCGAGCAUCAGGACGAAGAGGAAGACGAUGACGAAGCCAUGGCUUUGGACGAAGAUGAUGAUGACGGCAUGACGCCCGAGCAUCGCGAGUGCGCCAAGCUCUUCGACGGUCUCAUGUUUUUCAUCAACCGCGAGGUUCCGCGAGACAUGAUGAUUUUUAUAAUCAAAUCGUUCGGCGGUGAGGUGUGCUGGGAGGGAGAGGGUUCGCCUUACGACCCGGACGAUCCUCGCAUAACGCACGUCGUCAUCGACAGGCCGACGACGAAUAUGAAGCUCAAUCCAAAGGUGGUGUAUAUUCAGCCGCAGUGGGUGUGCGAUUGCGCGAACUGGCGCGUGUUAAUUCCACCUACGGACUACGCGCCAGAGAAGGAGUGUCCGCCGCAUCUGAGCCCGUUCAUCGGCGCGAACGACGAUGGAUACACGCCAGAGUAUGCCAAGACUCUGUUGAAGCUCCAAGAGGAAGCGCGGGCGAUCAGGAACGGUGCUUCGACGGUCAAGAUGCUCGAGAACGCCGAAGAAGAGAUGACCGAAGAAGAACAAGCCGCGGCUGAGGAGAAGCAGUACAGAAAAGAGUUAGAGGCGGAGAUGAAGGGGGUUUCGUACUCGGAGGCAAUGGCGAAGAAAGACGACGACGACGAGAACGACGAGGACGACGACGACGACGACGACGACGACGACGAGGACGACGAGGACGAAGACUCCGAAGAGAACGAUUCCGAGGAGGAUGGUUCCGAGGAGGACGAGGAUGCCGAGCCGAAGAGUCGUCUUACCUUCGACAUGGCGCUCAGCGAGAAGGAUAAAAUCAUGCGCGACAAACUCGCCGAGGGUACCGAGGAGGAGCAGAUGAAGAAGUUGUCGUACAUGCUUUUGCCCCGCAAGAAGCGAGAGCUUUACAAAGCGAUGCAAAUCGGCAUCGCGAAGAAAGAGAAGCGCGCGGCCGAGCUCACGAGACUCGCCGAGGAGCACAAGGAGAAGAAGAGACGCGCGGCGGAGGGCGAAAAGGACAAGCCUGCUGCGAAAAAGGGCAAGAAGGGUGGCAAGAAGUAA